GCCCAAACCUGCAGCACCGGCACCCUCCAGUGCUGCGACACCAUCGAGAAUGCCAGCGACCCCGCUGCGGCCGUGAUCCUCAAGUCCAUUGGCGUCGUCGUGCAGGACGUCGACGCGCUCGUCGGCCUGACAUGCUCGCCCAUCACCAUCGUCGGUGUCGGUACCGGAGGCUCU